CAUAAAAUCGGUUUGAAGGAAACGCUCACCGUUGAAAGACACACCCUCACACAAGAGAUAGAAAAACAAAAGACAGGCUGCUACCAUGGGAGGAGACGGUGGCGUAAUUGCCAGCAACCGAAAGUUUAUGAGGGGAGCAGGCACUGCGGACUGCGUUGGGGACCUUCACAGAAAAGCCGCGCAAAAGUUCAAUCCGAAGGAAGCCAUGUCUACCUGUUCCCUGACCAAGACGCCUCUGCUGGUGCGUGCAUCGUCGGGAUCGUCGUCGUCGUCGUCGUCCCAGGGCGCGAUCGUGGCCGAUCCCUAUGGCGUUUUGUACCACAAGGAAGCCGCGGUGCGGGCCCUGCUGAAGCGGGCGCAGAAGCGGGGCUACGGCGACGACGCAGGGAACGACGCGUCGAUCGGCCCGCAGGUGCGUCGGCUGGCCGAUCUGUACGAGGUGCGCUUCCACCUGGACGGAGAGACCCCGGUCUGCCCGAUCUCGGGGAAGGCGCUGAACGGGAGCAUCCCGGCCCUGCUCUUGGUGCCCGGAAAGCAGGGGGCACCCAACGUGGUGAGUGAGUCGACCCUUUCCCGGCUGAGCCAAGAGGAACUGGAAGCGGAAUUCGGUGCGAUUGCCAAAAAGGUGCGGCUGGCGCCGGACCCGCUGCUGCUGGAGCAAAUCAAGGAGGAGGUCCGAACCGAACAGGAAAAGGACGAGGAGGAACGCUUUCGUGCAAAGAAGGAGAAGAGGAGCAAGAAGGACAAGAGUAGCAAGCGCAAGCGAGGUUCGAAGGAAAGCGGAGAAACGAAGAAAAAGAGAGACAAGGGCAGCGGCCACAAGGAAUGUCCUCCUCUUCCAUCCGCCACCCACAAAAUCUCGUCGUCAUCAUCGUCGUCGUUGGGCCAACAGGUCCAACAAAAGGUGAAUUCAGCCAUCCAACAAAACUCAGUCUUGUCCAGUCUUUUUACAAACAAAAACGCGUCCUCCAAGGUCACAGAGAAGGAAAAGAAGGACAACUUGUUUGCGAGAUGACAACAAAUAGGAAGAUUUCUG